GUUUAAAUGCUUGUUUAUUUCAUCUCCUGUGGGUGAAAGAAUGCAGCCGGAGCCGUUCUAUACGUACGGAGCCGGAGAGCGUCCGACAGGAAGGCAGCUCAGGUCAGGAAUGUCAUGCAGGAAAUGGUCUAGAAUUAGACUUCCUGAUCGUCCCCAUAGCUCCGCUGGGUGGAGGCGCUGCUGGGUGUUACGGAGCUCAAGGUGAUGACAACGGCGAGGAGAGGGGAGGGUUGGGGAGCGCUUGGUUCUGCUGUCGGGACGCCCCCACAGCUGUGUCAGCAGCUGGAUGGCGCUGGUACCGACCAAGGCUUUAGUUAUAGUGAAGUUAAUGCAAACGGACACCCGGUGGUUUCUGCAGAUGUGUGGAUAUUAAUCGUCUGAAUUCCAAGCCGGUUUUCUGCUCCUGCCGCAUUAUUUUUCCUUCUUUGUGGGUUCAUUUUUCAUUGCAAUAUAAAAUCCUGCACCUCUAUGGAAACAGAUUGAAGGAGAGAGAACUCAGAAAUUUUAAAAAAAAGAGAUAAAUGAGGAAUAAAAUAGAAUUUCUUUGAUUAUACACUGCCUGCAGUUCAGCCCUAAAGUCCCAGCUAAGUCACUUUUUUUUCGGAUUCUGGUCAAAGAAGUGAAAUCCUAGCAAAAGUAGGAUUGUGUGGAUUUUUUACUGCUGUUACAACUCGGCUCUAAAGCUGCAACCAAGCCAACAAGGUGCACUAAAGACUAUAAACCGAACCAGAACCAGGCUGCUGGAGCUCCAGAAGGAAGCAGCUCCUGUCAGAGAGGGCCAGAUGCGAGAAGUGAGGGAGCUUUUAUGCAGUCUGAGCCACUUGAUCCCAGGUGUGGCUCAAUCAGCAAAUGACCCUCAGCUCCUGAACAGGCUCACCUGGUGUCCAAGUGGAGGGCUGUCACACUGCUGACAAAAGUUGUAAAAAAACCUGGAAUUGGUGUUAGAAUUGUAGAAGUGUUUGGGCAGAAAAACAACAACUUCAAGCAGUUAAUUUGCUCCCAUGUUGUUGAUCACAAGUGAUGAUCUGAUGAUGGAUUUUAAAAUGCUUGGAGCUGUACAGAAGGAAGGACGAUUCUCUGGAUCAUUUCUUAUUAACAGAUACCUGAGUUAUCACAGCAUGCACUGGGAUCGAUAACUGCAGAAUCUCACCAUGGCUCAAACCAAAACCUGAAGGAAAUAUCCUCUAUUUAUGUCUUCUUUUUGUCUUUAUUUUAUAAGUUGUUGACGUUUGUGAGUGCAGUUGACGUUUGUAGCUCUGCAGCAGCCGGAGGAGGAAACACUCGACUGCAGUGGUCCUGGCUGUCAGAGUGACGAGACUGAAGACCAGCGGGUCGGCGGCCUUGUUGUCCUUAUCGAUGUGGUUCCACCCUGACAGAAAUACACUCCAACCAACAUCCUGGUUCCCUUAAACCCGACUCCCUACAUGGCCAAGGAGGAAGCUGCUCCUGUUGGCAACAAGCAAGAGGCGAACCCGAGGAGACCGGCCGUAACUGGUUUCCUCUACGAGCCACUCCGAGGCUCCCAGGAGGUCUGAAGGGGGAACACCGGGUCCACUCCCCUUCCCUCACCCCCUCAUGCCACUAUCUGGACUCCUUUCCUGGUCCCCUCCCCUCGUACCGGCUCCAUGCUGCCUUCAGGGCCUGCGGGACGUUCUGGAAGUGCCAGACAGAAAAACUGAGCCUCUCGGGGAACAGGACUCUCGUGGGCCGAAUCCUGAACUUCAAUGUCAGCUGGGGAUCAGAAGAAUGGUGGUGACAAACCAGAAGGUCCAGUACCGGCGGCGGACGUUUGGCCGGAGGUGGAGCGAGCCGAGCGUCUGGCCCGAGGCGCCGCCCUGAAGUGGGCGUCGGGUGUUUUCUGUCGACCCGAACAUCUGGAGAGGCUGAGCCAGUACCGGAAGAGGGAGAGUCAGAGGACGACGUCGAUCCACACCAGACUGAAGUCCAUGGUCCAGUCCUACCUGGAGGGGGUCGGCUGGGGUCUGGAGCAGCUCCGGGAGGCUCGGUCCGAACUCAACCAGGUCUCUCAGGCCUUGAAGAAAGCAGGACUGGAGUCGGACCAGAACUUGGAGGGACUGAAAUCUCUGGAGAGGCUGAGGGAAGUUUCAGUCCAACACCGACAGCUGGUGGCCGCCGUCAGCAACCUGCCCAGACUCUACUCAGUUCGUAGCCUGGUUCUGGAGACGCAGCGUCUGGUGGAGUCCCGGCGGCUGCUGGAGGCCCACGCCCGCCUCAUGGACCUGGAGCACUGGCAGGACGACAUCCUGUGGCAGCUUCACGGAGCCGCCAGCUCCACGGGAAGCAAACUGAGUCCAGAAGAUCAGCAGCUGGUCGACAAAUACUUCUCUGGAGUCGGACAGCUGGUGGACGCUCUGGCCAAGGAGCUGUGGGCCGUGGUCAGCAGCUCUCUGGCUUUGGCCCGUCAGAACCCGACGCCGUUUGUUUCGGCCGUCAGGAUCGUGGAGCGAGAAGAAGCUCUGGACCGAGUUCUGCUGGAGGAGAGAUCCGGAACCAACGGACGGCCGCUGCCUCCUGGACGGCCUCGAUGCUGGAGGACCAGUUUCUUCCAGGUCCUGGAGGAGGCGGUGUCGGCUCGGUUCCGGAGCGUCUCCUACCUUCACACCAGAGGUCCAGGUCUGGCCGGUCACCUGUCGGCGCUGCAGCACGGCAUCAUGGCCGACCUGGCGACGGUGCGCCACCUGCUGGAGCACUGUGUUCCUCCACAUUAUCACCUGACCGGAGCCUACCUGAGGGCCAGUCACCGCUGUCUGCACACACACCUGGCUCAGGUGAGCAGCUGGGAUCUGGAAAGUGGAGAAAUCUUUGCUGUUCUUAACUGGGUGCUGCACAUUUACAACAGCCCAGACAUGAUGGGUCACCCAGAGCUGGUGGCUGAGAUGGAGAGAGAAGAUCUGGGACCUUUAAUCUCCAGCGAAGGACUCGAGCUUCUGCAGAACAAAUACGUCCAGAGCGUUCGGAAAAGUGUGUCUGAAUGGAUGCAUAAAGCUCUGCAGGUGGAGCUGCAGGACUGGCAGCGAGAUCAGGAGCCGGAUACCGACCACGAAGGUUUCUACCAAACCAGCCUGCCGACCAUCAUCACACAGAUGCUAGAGGAGAAUGCCCGGGUGGCCCUGAUGAUUGGCGCGUCUCUGAGAGAUCAGACGAUCCAGAUGGGAUUGUACGAGAUGGAAAACCUCCUGAACAGGUUUCGGGAAGCUCUGGUGGACUUUGGGAAGGAGCAUCGCAGGGAUCCGAACAACAGCAAAAGCAAGUUCUACCUCCACUAUCUGCUGGCCUCCAUCAGCAACUGCAUCAUCCUCAAAAAGUCCACAGAGAGCCUCCAGCAGCAGCAGUCGUCCCGGUCGGCCGGUCGGUUCUCCAGAACUCCUCCCAACCCUCUGGCGGCUCUGGACCGGGCGGUUCGUCGGGCCUGUCGCCUGGUCAUGGAUCAGCUGCUGCUGGAGCUCCAGCCUUUCCUGCCCGGCCUGCUGACCCGACCCUGGCUGGUCCAGGGAGACCCAACACCCAAACUCUGCCGGGUUCUGGAGCAUCACCUGGAGCUGUACGGGAGAGUCCGACUGCCAUGUCGACAGCGUCUGCAGGAAGAAGCUCAGUGGCUCACGGUGGUCGAAUACGUUCGAGCUCUGAUGCAGAAAAGGUUGGUGUGUCGCAGCGCCGACGAGAGGAAGCAGCUGGCUCAGCAGAUAUUACAGGACGACCAGCUGUUCAGGGAAAUCUUCCACAGUCUGGAAGCUGAAGGUUCGGUUCCUGAGGUGAAUCCUUUGGCUUUGCUUCCCGUCAUCGCCGACUUCAUCCGACUCAAAGACCCAAACAUGUUGACGCUGGAGGUGUCCGGACUGGCAGCAAAAUAUCCUGACAUCAGUGAGGAACACGUCUCGGUCCUGCUGGACGUCCGUGGAGACGUCUCCAGAGACGUCCGAGGGUCGGUCCUGGACCUCCUGGAGCAGAGCGCCCCCCCUCUGCCGGCCGGGUACCGACCCAUCUUCAGCGACAUCCUGGUUCCUCCGUCCACCAUGGCCUUCUGCCUGCCCACCGCCAAGUGUGCUUAGAGCCGUUCACUGUAGACGUCAGGCUUCUGCUCAGGUUAUUGAUCCAGCCAUCGAUAGGUUUAUUGAUUGAUCUCUGUUCACCAGAGGCCAGUGACUUGCUGGUUCAGGUCUGAGGUUCUUUAUUGCUUUAAAUUAUCAUUUUUUUCCUCCAUCUUAACAGAUUUAAACAGCAAAAAAAAAACAGAAAUUCAUCACAUCUCUAAAACUAAAGUGAUUUUAUUUAACCCUUUAAACCUCAAAAAGUUUAAUUUUUGUCACAUUUCCCCUAAUUUUGGACAUUUAAGCCCCUCUAGAGCUUCUGAAAGUAUUUCCCUCUCACCUCAAAAGUGAAUUUGACACAUUUCAGGUAUUUAAUCUUCUUUUUUUGUAUUUUAUCUUCCAGCUGUUCUGAAGCCUUUAAACACUCUGUUAACCAUCUGGGUAAAAAAAUUAAAUCAAUUUCCAAACAGAUUAUAAAAGAUAAUAUCACAAAUUAGCACAUUUUCUAGUCAAUUUUGUCAUUUCUUGCAGUUUCUGGGUGUUUCUGUCUCAUUUUUACUCACUGUAGGUUCCUUUCUCUCAUCAUUUAAAGACCUGCAGCUCUAUGGAAACAGAAUGAACUCAGAAAUGUGUUUUUUUU